CAGGAUAUGAAUUUAAUCUUGAAAUGGGAAACAAUGCUUAUAAGCUUGGAACGUUGUUUAACGUUCAAAAACAAAGAAACGAAAAUGAUGAUCAGAGAUGGAGUUCCCAGUCAAUUCAGAGCUCGUCUCUGGAAAGUGUGCAUCGACGUGUUAAUCAAAGAGUAUCGAGCCAACGCGUCAGUCAACUCUUAUUCAGGUAUUCUCGACAUGGUUGUCAACAAAAAAGUCGUCACACCAUUUGCUAACCAGAUAGAACUAGAUUUGCUGCGAACGUUGCCAAACAACAAACACUUUUCCACAUUUACUUCCUCCAAGAUAAUUUCACUGAGAAACAUUCUGCUGGCCUUCUCAAUCCACAACCCUGACAUUGGAUAUUGUCAACAGGGUUUGAACCGCGUAGGUGGCAUACUCUUGUUGGUGCUUUCGGAGGAGGAGGCAUUCUGGGGCCUGGUGGCCAUGGUGGAAGUCGCCAUGCCGACAAAUUACUACAACAGGACAUUAAUGGCUGCACACGCCGAUCAGAGAGUGUUGAAGGAUAUACUGGCAGACAAACUUCCAACCCUUUCCCAGCAUUUUUCAUCAUUAAACUUCGAACCCAGUUUGUUCACCUUCUCCUGGUUCCUCACCAUCUUCGUCGACAACUUGCCCGUCAGUACAUUUCUGAGAAUAUGGGACACAUUCCUGUAUGAAGGCAGCAAGGUUCUCUUCCGGUAUGCACUGGCCAUAAUGAAGUUUUACGAGUGCAAGAUACUUAGCUUCCAGACGGCAACUGAACUGAACAUGUUCAUCAGAUCCAUGUGUGAGAACCUCACUGACGUCAAUCGACUCUCACAGAUUGCAUUCAAUGAAUUAAACCCCUUCCCCAUGCGAGCCAUCAAGAACAAAAGAGUUCAACAUCUCAGCAAGCUGAAGAUGGAGUUGGUUGAGCUGGAGAAAUUGAGACAGACCUUCCAAGAAAACCUGCGAACAGCAUCUGAUGAGGAGGACAAGCAAGAAGACGCAGACAGCAUCUGA